AUGGAGAAGGGUAUUGACCAAUUUGAGGCUGGCUUACCCUCGGUACGGCCACAUAAUCCCGAUAACUAUGAUUCUGAUUCUGAUUCUGAUUCCGUUCUCAACAAUGAAGAAGUAACAUAUCUUUCCGACGAUGGUUCUGUUCUUGACAAUGAAGAAGUAGCAUAUCUUUCCAAUGAUGAUUCUAUUCUCGGUCAUGAAGAAGUAGCAUCCAAUGAUGAUUAUGUUAUCCAUAAUGAAGAAGUAAUAAAUCUCUCGGACAAUAAUUCUGUUCUCGGCGAUGAAGAAGAAACAUAUCUUUUCGACAAUGAUUCUGUUCUCGCCGAUGAAUUAGCAAAUCUUUCCGACGACGGUGGUGGUUCUGUUCUCGACUAUGAAGAAGUAACAUAUCUUUCUUACGAUGCAGAAGCAUAUCCUACCGAAAUUAUCUUAGUAUCCGGCGAGAAUUCCGGAGCGGAGGCGACGACGAGGGGCGUAGAUCAGAACAGGGAGGCGAUCAAGUCGUUGGAGAGGAAGAUAAUAGAGUACGAUGAGAGGGAUAGUGGCAAAGAAGACGGUGAUUGUUGCGUUAUUUGCUUGGAGGAGUUAAUGGUGGGAAUAGUGGUGGCUGUGAUGCCGUGCAACCAUUGUUCCUUUCACGACGGCUGCCUCUCAACUUGGCUGGAGAGAAGCCUUUGCUGUCCUCUCUGCCGCCGCAUGAUUUCCGGCCCGCCGCUGCAGGAGAGCCUUUCCUAG